CGCCUCUCCUCCCCCUUCCCCGCGCGGGAUCCAACCCGCCCAUAAGACGCCACCGCCCCGCAUCUGCCGCCACCUUAUCACGACCCGACCUCCAACCCCGACGCCAGCCAGCCAGGCACGCACGCACGCACCUACCUGCUGCGGCGGCCCAGAGAGAUGGACGGCGGGCGGCCGGAGAUGCGGCGGACCAUGACGCUGUCCGAGCAGCUGUCGUCCACGCCCGACCCGGCCAUCCGCGACUUCCUCAAGAUCCCCCAAGACGCCGACGUCGGCGGGAUCCUCCACGACGAAGAUAGCCCCUCGGCUGUGGACGCGCAGGGGCCCCGCGCCGGCAGGACGAGCGGCUGGAAGCCGCUGCGGGACCGGCUCCGGCUCCGGCGCGCGGCGGGCGCCUGGCAGACGCCGCCUAAUAAGCCCGGCGCUGCCGCGGCGCACGCCCCGACCAACAGCGGCAAUCUCAGCAACAGGUACAACUACAACCCCGGCGAGGCGGCGGCGGCGUUCUCCCGCACCUUCUCCCGCGCGCCCUCUCUGCGCGCGCCGUCACUCCGCGCGACGCCCACGUUCUCGCGCGUCGCGUCCACCCGCCUCGGCCCCGCCUCGUCCCGCUCCAGCUCCAGGCGCCCCGCGACGUACGACUUCCGCGACGUCGACGAGCGACGCCACGACGCCGACGCCGACGACGGGGGCGAGGAAGAGGACGACGAGGGCGAGGACGACGACGACGAGGGCGACGAGGAGGAUGAGAAGGAGGAGGCGCCCGCGGCGCAGAUGUCGCUGAUGGCGCUGCUGGAGCAGACGGACAGCCAGUGGGACGACGACGAGGACGAGGAGGAGAGCGGCGGCGGUGGCGGCGCGCGCAAGAAAGGCGAGGGCGACGACGACGAGGACGACGGCGAGGGCCGGGAGGAGGAGAUGGUGCACGUGUGCUGCGUGUGCAUGGUGCGGCACAAGGGCGCGGCCUUCAUCCCCUGCGGCCACACCUUCUGCCGCCUCUGCUCCCGCGAGCUCUGGGUCAGCCGCGGCAACUGCCCGCUCUGCAACGGCUUCAUCCAGGAGAUCCUCGACAUCUUCUGACGGAUCGAUCGAGCUUGCCGUCGAUCACCAUCGUCUAGCUUGCUUCCGCUUCAUAUCCUAGACGAGGAUGUGAGUGGCCGAUGCGACACUCCGGAAUCAGUGAAACUGAACCUCUCGUAGACGAAUUCGAUUUCGAGCUACCCAGCACCAAAACUCUGUUGUUUGCUAGAUUUUCUUUUUGGGGAUGUCAUUGAUCGUUCAAGUACGUAUGCUACCGUACGUUGCAAUAAAAUGGUAUAGUAUCU